AUGCGUCUUAUCGUGGAGAAGCUCUAUCAGAAUGGGCACGAAAUAGUCCUUGUGGCACCAGAAAUGAAUCUGUUUUUGAAAUCAGGCAAGAAUUUCACAAUUAAGACCUAUCCAGUGCCUUACAAAGAUGAACAUGUGGAUGCACUAAUGGAGACUUUUGGGUUUCUUCUUUUAUUAACUUCCUACAACUUUGCUGAAAGUGGCAAGGUGUUGGUGAUACCACAAGAUGGAAGUCACUGGCUCAGCAUGCGUGCAGUAGUGGAGAAACUCGGUGAGAAAGGGCAUGAAAUAGUAGUGGUUGCUCCAGAGACAAAUUUGCUCUUGAAAGAAUCAGAGCAUUACACAAGGAAAACAUAUGCUGUGCCUUACACCCAAGAAGAUCUUGACCAGACUUUUAGUAAAUUCGCUAACAGUCUCUUUCGUGAGGUCUCUUUUCCCUACACUAUUCUUGCGGAAUACCGGAACGUCAUGUACGUCAUUAACAUGUUUUUUCACAACUGUGACAGCCUGCUGCAGAACAGAGAAAUCAUACGAUACUUGGAAGAGAGUAAAUUUGAUGCACUCUUCACAGACCCAGCAUUGCCAUGUGGGGUGAUCCUGGCAGAAUAUCUGUCCAUCCCUUCCGUGUACUUCUUUCGUGGAUUUCCAUGCAGUUUAGAGCAUGCAAUCUGUAAAUCUCCAAACCCUGUUUCCUAUGUCCCAAGAUGCUAUACUAGUCACACAGACCACAUGACUUUUUCCCAGCGAGUGGUAAACCUACUGGUUAGCUCUUUAGAGACAUCACUGUUUAAGGAUUUGUAUACCAAAUACCAAGGCAUUGCAUCAAAGUUUCUCCAGAGAGAUGUGCACUUACCAACACUUUACAGAAAUGGCUCCAUAUGGCUACUGAGAUACGAUUUCGUGUUUGAGUAUCCCAAACCAGUGAUGCCCAACAUGGUCUUCAUCGGAGGCUUAAACUGUGAGGAGGGGAAGAACCUAUCUCAGCAGCUCGGCAGGGAGAAGCUGCCUUCUGGGGGCUCCUGCAGCAGAUGCAUGUGGGCAGAGGUCCCCAUGAGCCCCCCCAGCUUCCUCCUCGCCACGCUCGGGCUCUGCGGCUCCCGGGAGUGUGAGCCACCGCUGCCCCUCCCGGAGCAGGCUCAGGGCCCCGCGCCCCGGUGGCAGCUCACAUGCCCAGGAGCCGCAGAGCCCGAGCGUGAAGCAGGGGGCUCAGAGAAGGAACCCCGUGGCUGCAGCUUCAAGAGAGGUGCAAAGCUGGUGGAGGCGAGGAAGCUUGAAGGAACUGGAGUGCCAAAGAGUUGGCACAAAGUGGCCACAAAUGGCUCGGAGAAAAUCCCCCUGGUAUACGGGAGCUCCCUGCUGGUGAAAAGCCUCUGUAACUGA